UUUCCCUGUUCAGUGUGUCGAGACUUCGCUAUUCUGGAAGAUCAUACCUUGGCCCAUAAUUUACAGGAACAAGAGAUUGAGCAUCACUUGGCCACAAAUGUUCAGCGUAAUCGUCUGGUGCAACAUGACUUGCAGAUGGCCAAGCAGCUGCAGGAAGAGGAGGAUAAGAAAGCCCGUGCUCAAAUCCAGAAACACCAAAAAGACUUGGAACGCCAGGACUGCGAGAUUGCUCAGGAAAUACAAGUGAAGCUCGCGUUUGAAGCGGAGGAACGCCGCAGGCAAGAGGAAAAAGACGAGGAUAUUGCCCGUCUCCUACAACAGCAGGAAGAGAAAAAGCACAAGAAGCACUACCCAGAGUCCCAGGGACACACAGGCUAUGAAGAGAGCUAUUAUGCACAAAAUGGAGGCACUAAUUUGAGGGGGAGGACACAAGGCCUGUACGAUGGCCCCCGGAUGGAACAGGAGCUGUCUGAUGCAGAGAUUGCUCGGAAGCUGCAGGAGGAAGAGCUCCUGGCUAAUGAAGCAGAUCAGAAGGCAGCUCAAGUAGCCCAAGAUGAGGAAAUUGCUCGUCUCUUGAUGGCUGAGGAGAAAAAGGCUUUAAGAAAAGAGAAAGAAAGAGAAAAGUCUUCCUUUGAAAGGAGGAGGCAUGAUCAAGAUUGGAAGCCUGAUGCAGGCGAGUCCACGCGCUCAAGGUCAAGAGAAGGGCCCGAAACUCAGCGACACAGAAGUGACAGGCCUUCAAGGUCACAGCCUCUCCUCGAUGAACACUCUCGGUAUUACACGAGCCAGCCCAGCCCCUUGCGCCACCACCCCAGACCUGAGCACUCUCCUAAAGGUUCCCGUAGGAAGCAGUAAACUGUGCUAGCCUUUGCUUUGGUACUGACUCUUCUGUAGCAAACAUUACUGGAAUUGCCAGGCAACUUUCUUCAUCCCUGACCUGAUGGGAGGCCCACCCUCUGCUCCCAGGAUCAUCUCUUUAAGUGUUGUCAUAUUAAGGAAAAUUGUUUGUUUCAAUUUCUUACUCAUCUGUGAUGACUUGAGCAGUGCAGUAUAAUCUAGCUGCCACUGAGCUGUGCCAAUCAACCAGCUGGCUCAACAGCUCCCUCAUACAUUCUUUUGAGGCUUUCUUUUUAUUUUUAAGUUUGGCUGGAGCUCUGAUGAAUAGGACAAAUUGAGAUGCAUGUACAAUGGAGGAAAAUUGAAGAAAUGGGUUAUGGCAAUGCAGCAGAACAUCAGAAGUACAAGUCCUUUUUCCAUUAGGAUAACUUAGCAAAGAGAGCUAUAAGAGGAAUUGGGUUUCUUCCUGUGUUGGAUAGGAGAGCUGAGCCAACCUGACAGUCAUAUGAGCUUGCAGGAAGGAGAGAGCCUUGUCAAACAUAUACCAGCAAAAGCCAAACCCUGAGACUGGUGAGGCAGAAAUAGCCUAUGAAACAGAAUUUUUAAACUGCUGUAUUUCUUUCUAGGGUUUCCAACAUUCUGAAUAGAGUGUAUAUAGGCAUUUAGCUCUAGGAUAUAGGAUAGAACAGUUAAAAGGAAAUACAAUUCCAACUGAAGUUAGACCUUGCAUGACUUAGGAUUUGCCAGGGAGUUCAAGAAGCUGUGAACUGUGGUUUGGGAAAACUCAUACAAACAGAUCUAUGUGUCUGAAGGGACCUCUGUGGUCACCUGCUUUGAGCUUCAGUGUGGUAAAAGCCAAGGAAUUUCAUUAAAGCCAAGUCAGAUCUCAUGUAACUCUUAGCUCAGUUGCUGAUGCACUUGAGUAGAGUAACUUGUUUCUGAACUUGGAUAUGUCUUGUAAACAUGGGGCUGAUGGAGAGAGGGCCAUAUGGGCAUUGAGCAUCAAAAUCUACAGUUACAGGCAACCUGAGCCAGACACAGAGUGCUGAUGAGUCCACACGAUGUCCGUGCUGACUGCUUUUCCUCUCUGCUGCUCCAUCCAGCUCCAGUCAGGAAUAAAAAAAUCAUUGCUGUCUGGGGCACAGCAGGGUCUGCAGGUUUGCUGUCUGUAUAUAUUUUCCCAUGCAGUGAUUCUGUCCUAGCUUGUUUUCCCUCCACUCUUUGAAAAUCAUUUUUCUCUUGCACAAAAAGUAGCCUUUUCACAUGGCCUUCUCAUUUAAAUUCUGUAGUCUUUUUAAUAAUUUUUUGCCAUUAUUUUCAGGUGUAUUUUUAAACUAGAAAGCUGAACAUCUGGACACUGUCUUAGAGUGUGUUGAGCCAGGGCAGGCUGGUUAUCCAUGGGCCAGCCCGGUUCAUGGCAGAGAGCUUGGCUGCCUUGCCCCUGCAGUCCAGCCUUAGUGCCAGCACCAAGUCUUGUCACCACUCUCUGCUGUCUCUGGCAGCUGCAGUUCUGGCUCUUGCUCUGCAGAGGAGGGCAGACACCUGUGUCUAGGGCAGGAAACAUGGACUUGGCCUCACCACUGAUCUGCCUGGGAAAGGGGCCUUGGCAGCUCUCUGGAGCUUUGUAGGGAGGGAGCACCUCUAGGAAAUAGGAAGAGAGCAUGGCUGGCUGCUGUUCCUCUAGUGCGCAGUUCAUGCCCCAAGGCAGCUGUAAGGCUUUAACCUUGGCUGUUCUUGGUCAGGAUAAUUACUGGGCCAAAUCACUGGGAAGACAGGGCAACUCCUUUUUCACAUAAGUUGCAGGUGCAGGUUUAAUACCACAUAACAAGGCCAUGUCUUGCCUUGCCCAGUAACUCUAAGACUUCCAUCUCCUACUCCCACUGGCCCAUUGGCAGCAGUUGAGUACCUGUGACGAACCACAUAACCCCAAUGGAUCCCUGCUCCAGGGGUACCCUAACCUAAAACCUUACCAUGUAGAGGACUUUGUGUAUGGGCAGAAUCCUGCUACCUGCUUACCCUUGCUUCCACACUGUGGCUCACCUGCCUGCAUAGACUCCUAAGUGACUUGCAAGGUCAUGCUUGCUGCUGCUUCUCAGGAAAUAUCCCAGUCAGCAGCUGGAUUUUACUGUCCUUGCCUUGUUCCCACUUCUCAUUCUGUCUCUGUCCAUUCAGAAGUGUUCAUGUUGUUUAAAAGGAUUCAGAAAAAAACCAACAUAGAUGCUAUUUUUUUCUUUUUUAUUUGAUAACUUGGCCCAGUGUGGCAACCUCAUCUACCAAGGUUUUAUUUUGUAUGGAUUUAUUUUUGUAUUUCAUGUAACAGUCAAAAUUUCUACUGCUGAAAAUGUCUUUUUUUUUUUUCCUUUUUUCUUUCAGUGGGCUUUUUUCUUUCAUUGCCAUCAGAGUAAUUAUUGUUGUGAAAUGGAUGCCUGGUGGGUUUGUAAGAAUUAAUACUUCCUACAAACACCCUAGUCCAGGCACUGCUGCUUGUACCACCUGGUGCACUUGUGAAAACUGGAUGGAGAAAAGUCCUGCCAAAUCAGAAAGAGGUUGAGCUUUGUACUUGCUUGCAGAAAACUGGUGAUUCUCUGCAGAAGGCAUGGGAAAAUCACCAGCUAGGAAUUCAGCCCUCCAUGGUCUCUGUAUCUGGCUGUGAUGGACUUUCUUGCACGGCAGUUGGCUGGUGUAGCUCUUGUCUUAACCUAGUCAGAGAAGUCAUGAGCUCUGUGACAUUUGAAGAACCUAUUAAUUCAGGAGGGAUGCUUGGGAUUAUCCAAGUUGUUGGUGUCAAUGGCAGUAAGUAGAAAUGUGAGGGAAAACUCUGGUAAAUUUAGUUUGGAAGCUGGGUAGUCUGAAGAACACCUCAGUGCCUCCUCUGUGGAGCUGUAAACUCUCCUUAGCGGCCAGUCAAGCUCUCUGGCCAAGACACCAAGAGACAAGAGCCCAAGAGAAGGAUCCCAGGAGCAAUUGCUGCCUUCCUGGAUGCCUUUGAGGAGUGCUGAAUGCUUUAUGGGCUGUUUGCUCUGUAUCCUCUCUUAGUCCUCAUCCUUUUUUCUUUCUGCCUGCCUUUAUUAAUUUGCUGUUCCUUGUGUUUCUCCUGUUUUAUUACUCCAUAAUCCUUGUGAAAAGGGGGUUCCUAAGGCAUUGCUAGAAAAGGGAGAGAAAUGCUAGGAAUGGCAGCUGAGGAAAGCAGGCAGUGAAUGGGAUAAGUUGUUCAUCUCAUGCAGGUUGGGGUCCUCAUGCAGCCAUGCAGGUUAGAGACCUCCUGAGGCAGAGGUUGCAACGGGACUUGCAUCUUUAGUGACCACUUUUGGAAAGGGAUUCCAUGGUCCCACUGAAAUCAACAAGAGCUGAGAUUAUGGAUGAACAAAGAGCCACUUUCCUUGGGGUCAGCAGCUACAGUUCUGCUGAGAGUCAAGAAGAUGCAGCUUGUGUAGGUGAGAUGCAAAAUCAGCACCUUGGACGUGUGUUCCGGGAAAGAGGCACAAUGAAACUUAACCUUUAAAAAACCACUCAGCAAUAUUUCUUUUCUAUGACAGAAAAAUGUUUAAGUAUCUUGGUUUUUUUACUUGUUUACUCUUGCCAAGGUUUAGUAGCUUUCCCUAUGGGUUUGCUCUGGAUUUAGUAGCAUGUUGGAACCCUUGCUGGGAGCCCUGCCCAGGUUGCUUGGGUCCUGCAUCCCUUUCUGACUCUGCAUUAACAGGGCAUCCAGCGCCACAUGGAAAAUUCACCUCCUUGAAAUCCUGGCACUUCCUGACCUUCCUAGCAAGCUCAUCUCAGCAGCAAGAGUUCUCCCACCUCCUCACCUCUGUCCAAAGCACAAUGGUCUGCAGCAGAGAGGUCGGUGACCUGGCGGGAUCGUGCCUUACACGCAGGGAUAUUUGAUGUCUUCAGCAGGCUGACCUGAGUCACCUUGCUAUGAAACUGUCUUAAUGGGGACUGUGCAGUUUCCUGCAGCAAGAUGCAGUUCUCAUCACAGGGAUAGAUCCAACAGGUUGAUUUCAUCUUUUUUUAAAGAACUUCAUGGGUUUGAACUUGGUGGGGUGAGGAAAUAUCAGCUGUUAAGGGAUAGAUGAAUUCUCAUAAUUGAAUUUCUCCUCUUGGGGAAGAAAGAUAAAGGUUACAGAUGCUGCAGUCUGCUUCUCUCUCUAAAAAAGGGAUCUUGUAUGUACAGUAUUUUUAUAUCUCUGCAUUCCCAUCUAUCAGGAUUUGAAUCAGGAUUGAUAACAUUCUCUACUUAUGGAAAAAAAUGGGUUGUUAUUUUUACAGUGCUAGAUGUCUGUUUGUUUAUUUUGUGCCAAAUUACAGUGUUUUCAUUCAGUUUAUUGCUGUUCAUCAAUGUGUAUAUUAUAUAUUUUUAUUAUCAAGGUUUUUAUUUUAAUUCAUAUUAUCCUGUAUGCAAACUAACUGUGGAUUGCUAAUUUAUGUAUGUAUAAAGGGGAGCACUUGGAGACAGUGUGAGGAUUCCCCUACUUAGUUUACACUCUUGUAACUGAGCACAGCCAGUCCAUGAAACUCACUGUUUCCUUCAGAGAGCAAUCUCCUGUGUUUGCAGGUGGCUCCUGCUGUCCCUCCUGGCAGCACUGGCACUGCAGGGCUGUGUGGGAUGCAGCAGGAACUGGGGCACAGCUCCCAGCACAGCCUGGUGGGUGCCUGAGCUCAGUGCUGCCCUGUGCCAGGCAGGAAUGCCCAGCAGGGUGGUGGUGGCUGAGCUUUGCUCUUUAUCUGUCCCCAACCAGUGCACACUUGGGUUUGCCCCACUCUCCAAGGUGUUCAGGGCCUAGUUUUGCAGUUGCUCUGGGAGGUGGGAAUGGGACGUAUCCCUUGCAUGGAGCACACCAUGGCUGUAGCUUGUCCUCUUUUUGUUGCAGAGGACAGGCACAAACCUGCAGAGAUCCCAGUUUGCUGCACUCCAGCACGUUUGUGGCUGUGCAGCCCUGCUGGGGAGGGACUGGCUGUGCUGCACACAGGUGCCACUUGGACUGCCUUGCCCAGGACAGGCGGUGGGACAUGGAUCUCAUGUUCAGGAGCUGCCCAAGCCUCUGUUCCUGGGCUGGAGAUACUAUCAGCCACCUCCUCCCCAUCAGUAGCACAGGGCAAGGCUUAGCUGGGCAGUUUGGGCUCUUCAGGAGAGUCCCAGAGAGGACAGUGGCACACACAAAUGAGUAUUUUCUACUUCAUGGGAAACAAGUUCCACUGUAUCAGUGUUCACUCUAAGUAGACUCCAUGGUCUGUCUCCAGCUGCAUCUGUGCACUGCAAUAUAGUUAAUUGCCUCAGAUAAAUAACUGCAGUUGUCUCAUUUAGCUCUUCAGGGUAAACUUUCAGCCUGUUGAAUCUAAAUAUUAGCCAUGCAAUGAGGUGGAUUAGUCAGAAGGCUUAAAUUCCUCAGAGCUGCAAGUGUAUCCUGCAUUGUAACAGCUAAUCCUUAAAUAUGAAUUGCACACUGACAAUAAUCUGUCUAUGCAAGCCUAUUCUUGGUUUUAUUUUGACUGUUCACUCUAUAAUUUACCAGGUUUGGCAUAGAACUUCUGAAUGACAUUUAACCAAAGUAUCAUGUCUGUGUGUAUGUAUAGCAUGUUUUGCUUCAUAUUCCUGAAUUGUCAUAGAAUGUAAAGGGAACAUUGCCUUGUCCCAUUUUGUUCAAUAAAUUGCUGUAUUUUGUUAUUCACCAAUUCCUUCUGUCCCUCCGUGUGCUUUUCUGGAAACCUGAGUGGGUUACACAGAAGCAGGGGAAAAUAAGACUUUGUUCCACCCUUUGUUCCUGGAACCUAGCUGCUUCUACCAACAAUUAUGUUCUUCCACUGUAAUAGAUGUAGCAAACAAACAAAUUUGUAUUUAAUUUGAUUAUUUUGUUGACAGACAGAUGGAAAAAAGGCUAUGUAAUAUCUUGGAAAAGAUCUGGACUGUUUCAUUUCCUGAGACUCUGAUACUGAAAAAUAAAGCAGUAUGAUUAUUUGCAAG